AGGGGGCUAGGGGGGUGGGUUCCACCAAAUCCCCGGUACACGCUCCUGUUCUUAUCAUUGGGCAUUGGGGGGAAAUAUUCAACAAUAUUGGUACAUAAUUUAUUAUUAUUAUUGUUGUACUUAUUCGAAAUUUAUUUGAACAAUUUACUGCCCAAAAAAAAAGAGAAAAAAAAAGGGUGUGGUAUCGUGUCGGACGGUCACAUGACAGGUCAUGUGAUCAUAAGCUAAAAAUGGCAGCCAUGUCAAACGGAAGUAGUGGAUUUAGAUGUUCGAACUCAUCAAAUAUUGUAUCAGACUCUGAUGUGUGUCCGAGCCGUGAUGACAUCGGACGGAAACUCGUGCACAGCGCGCAGACACUAGACGACGAUUCUGACGAUGAAUUGCUGGGAAGAAACCAAUCACUCCUCGACGUAACGCAACCUACAAACGACGAUACGGAAUCACACGAAUUUAGAAUCGGAAACUUGUCAACAAGCGAUCUCGUCGGUGGAAUCCUCCGCCGCUGCGAUAAUGACAGCGCGCACAGCCAAUCUGCGGACGGUUUGAGAGGAACGGAACUCGAACUGGCUAAUAAUGCGGACUUAUUGGAAGUAACUGAGUUGAAAAUUGAUUUCCGAGACAGAGUCUUGGGCGGAGCAGAAAGUCGCAGUGGGAGUAGAGUGGAACCUGACCAGUGUGGUAGCAGCGUCAUGGAGCCUGGUGCAGCUGGAGAAACAAACCGCGCGAGCUUCCCCCUAGACGAGAUGGACACUCCCAGUGUCAGACCCCAUCACUGCCAUACAGGACCGCCGGCUACUACAGACAUGUUGGCUCGAAACCAGAUGAUAACUGUGGUUAUUCUCUGUGUUACCUUCAUGAUAGGAGAAUCCAUAGGCGGUGCGUUGUCUAACAGUCUGGCAUUGUUCACGGACGUGGUCCAUCUCGGUAGUGAUCUCAUCAGCUUCAUCAUCAGUCUUCUCGCCAUCUACCUCUCCACGAAGCCAGCCUCACAGAAAAUGUCCUUCGGCUACCACAGAGCUGAAGUCCUUGGUGCUCUGUUCAGUGUUUUUCUGAUCUGGCUUGUUUCGGGAGUGUUGUGUUACAUCGCAGUCGAGCGAAUCAUUCACGAACAUUACAAAGAUGUCAAACCAAACGAGAUGCUCAUUACCGCUAGCCUGGGAGUUGCUUUUAAUGUUAUAAUGGGUAUAGUUCUACAUUCAGAAAGGUGUUGUCUUCACGCGACAUCACGGAAGUCGUUUGGUCAUGGUCACUCGCACACACAUUCUCAUCAUCGAACCGUGGCGAAGAACGAGUCAAGUCUGCAGCAUAGUGAAUACCAGAGGCUGACAGUCGACCAUGAUGACAAUUCUGACAUGUACUCUCCACCGCCCAUCACGGAGCACCGACACAAGAACAUCAAUGUCCGGGCAGCAUUCAUCCACGUGUUGGGAGACAUCAUUCAGAGUUUAGGGGUCCUGGUGGCCGCUCUUAUCAUUAAAUUAAAGCCCGAAGAGAAGUAUCGUUUAGCAGAUCCUAUUUGCACAUUCCUGUUUUCCUUAUUGGUUCUCAUCACAACCUUCACAGUGCUACGAGACUCACUCCGGGUUAUGCUGGAAGGAGUGCCAAAAGACCUCAACUAUGCAGUGUUGCGGAACGCUCUGUCGUCUCUACGAGGGGUCCGAUCCGUGCACAGUCUCCACAUUUGGUCUCUCACCAUAGAUCGCAACUCAGUCGACGUUCACCUCGCAAUAGAUGACAGCGUGACGAGCGAUGCAGUGUUGGAGGAGGCGACGGAGUUGUUACAGCAUGACUUCAAAGUGUUCCACACAACCGUCCAGGUGGAACGCUACCACGCGGAGGUCAUGGACAACUGUCACCAGUGCCAGGACGCCAAGCCCUGAUCCCUGCCACACAGUUACAGUUAGAUUACAUGUGUCACAUACAAAUAUAGAUUACUGUUACAUGUAUGACAUAUUAAUCUGUAUGACAAAAACCAUAUUCGUGACUAAACACAAUUACGUUUAGGUUACAUGUGUGACAUAAAUACAUAUAGCUUACAUGUGUGACCUAUGAAUAUAGGUUACAUGUAUAACAUAUAAAUCUGAAUGACAGAAACUGUAUUCAUGACCAUGGAAAGUGCCUUUGAAAUGUUUAGAAAUUUGUUCUCUGCAUCAGAACAGAGAGUCAAGUACAGGAUUGUAUGUGAAGUGGGAGAAAUCCUCAUCACAGUGGAACAUUUUGUUACUGCAAACGACUGACACAGAUGUGGAAAAUGAGGAAUUCUCAAAGUAUCUGGAAUACUGUCAAAUACAAGAUGGAAAGCAGAAUCCGCUUGUGAAACUGUUUACUAGAAAGUAUUUUGAGCAGCAUUUGCUGCCUGUUCCCAUCAAUUUCGAGCCCUGAUUGAAUGAGCCUACAAAAUGUGGCCUGAAAAUAUAACCUUAAUUUGUCUCGGAAAGAAUUUUAUUCAUAUACUGAUGGAAAGAAAUAAGGCAACACACCGAAUUGUAGAAUUGGCGUAGUAAUGUCUGUAUUUCAUACCAAGUUGUAAUGUGGGAUUGAAUGUCUGUAGUGUUGAAUGUGCUGCCUAUAUGUUCCCAGUCAACUUCUGACAAUAUGAAUUGAUUUU